CAGAGAGAUAGCGUUCAUUCUCGACCACAACACAACAGACAUUCGGUUUAUUUAUAAACAAAAGUUGUCGGAAGGUCAACGCGAGCUGUGCCAGUGCCAAGUUUAUCGAUUUGUUUCAUUUGUUUUCUCACCAAACAAACGUCAAAUUGUGCAGUUGAUUCAUCAAACUUUCAACAAAGAUGUCUGAAAGCCAUUUCGACGAAUUUGAACACUACAAUUUUGAAUACGACAAGCAUCUCUACUGUGGCCAUAGCGGUAAACAGAGGACAAAGAAGGAAGUCACCGAACACACCAACCAUUUUGAUCCCUCAGGCCACUCAAGAAAGAUCGUAGCCAAACUGAAGAACACGGAAAACAACAAGAAGAAGCAAGCUGUUUGAACUGGCAGUGAAAAAAUAAACAGUGAGUGAAAAGUGAGAUUUGCGCUUUUCUUCAUUAGGUGUAUCGAAAACGACGUUUUUAAUGCUAAGUCAUGGACUGUGAUCAGGUAUUUGAUGGGUUUAUUAUUCUCAUAACCUUGGGUGCGCAAGGCCAAUUUCCAUUUGCGUAGUUUUAAUAUUAUUAUCGAGACUCAAUAAUAAAGGAUGAGUCAUAUUAUAUUAUAUUUGUUUCUCUGAGUGAUUAACAAAAUUGACUGUGUUAUCAUAUUUACUG